UUUUCUUUUUUUAAGUAUACCUUUGCACGAUUAACAUUUGGAAUUCCUGGUGAAAACCAUCAGAGCAGUGAUAAAGGUUCACUUAGUAUGUCAAUCCACUGAGACUGCCAAAUGUAUUUGGAAGACUGGAGUGCUGUGCUGAAUCACAAACAUCGUGAUUUCCAGCAGCAGCCCUGGCCAAUAUGUGCUGAUGUGUUUUCAUUUGUAGCACUGUCUAUAAACUCCAGUAGGAAGGUCAACCCUCUGCUCUGUUCCUUACACAGCUUCCAGCUGUGGCCUUGGCAGGAAUAAGUCUCAUGUUACUGGUGACAGUCCAAAUUAUGUCCCCGUCUAGCAGAUCUAGAUUACCCAUUUCCAAACUUCUGCAGAAGAAUGCUUUCUGACUUGCACUUCGGAAAAUAUUACAUUUCCAGGUAUCAUUGUUUCAAAGAAAUAUCUUUGGAUUUGCCAAGUAAAUCAUUGGAUUUCGGAGGGGGAAAAGGCAACUCAUUCCACAGUGACUAUGUUAUUUUUCCAUAAAAUGUGAUUUAUUUGUAACACUAAGUAUACAUAACUAUUUGCUAUCAACUUUCUUGAAAACACAGCAUGCAAGAUGCAGAAAUGAUGCUUUUGUGGAAGUUCAUGCUGUUGUUGAAGGCAGUAAUCCAGGUGAAAUGCAAACAAUCUUGAGUUAAAAACAAGUAACUUUUUUGUACAUUUAUAUUUGAAUUUCAGCAUAGAGAGUAUCUUCAAAUUUGUUUUCUUUGAAGAUAGGACAUACAUUUCUGCAAGUUAGUUUUAUUCCCUAUUGUCCGGGAAAUGAAAUAGUUACUGGAAACCCAUUUAUUUCUCAUGUUCUUCAUCCCAUUUAUUUUUGCCUCUUUCAUGUUUGAUCAAGCAAAAGUAAUGAAUCCUAAUAGCCAGUUAUUGGAUGACUUCAGCUUGCAUUCCACGUUAAAUGUAAACCCUUGAUAAAAAAGUUCCUGCAUACCUUUUCAUUAUAGCACAUUGUACUCCUAUUAUACUUUGCCUGACUUGUAUGACUUUGUAUCCCCUUUAUUCCUCUUAUAUCUAGGUCUUCUUCCAUGCAGCAGUUCAGCAUUGAUUAAUUAAUGACAUGAAGACAAUUAUAAAGAUGAAUGUUAAGUUUGGCAGAGAACUGCUUAGUUGAUAAAUUCACAAGAUGACACUGUGGUUGCCACAUAGAAUUCCUGCCACGAGUCCUCUAGACAAUUCUGCCCUGUGUUGCUAAGUUUUGCAGAAACAAGUUGGAAGAAUGGAUGAAGACUUCAAAGCACAGGCACUUGACCACACUCUUCAGAGUCCAUCAGAGACGUUACUUUCCAUUCGACUGUUGGACUUCAAGACGAGUUUGUUGGAGGCAACAGAAGAACUGCGGAUCAGAAGGGAAACGGAGACUAAUUAUGAAGAUCAAAUAAAUAAAAUUGUUGUAGAGAAACAGGAACUUGAAUGGCAGAAGGAGACUCUGCAGCAUCAGACAGACACGUUGCAGCAACAGAACAAAGAAGCUAUGGCAGCUUUUAAAAAACAGCUACAGGCAAGGAUGUUUGCCAUGGAAGAAGAGAAGGGAAAAUACCACCUUGCUGUAGAAACAAAAGAAAAAGAGAUUGAUGGACUGAAAGAAACAUUAAAAGCAUUACAGAUUUCAAAAUACACUUUACAAAAGAAACUGAAUGAAAUGGAUCAGAAAUUACAGAUGCACUUGACAGCGAAAGAGGAGCAUCAUAAGAAGCUGAACGAAGUCGAGAGGUGUUAUGCUACUAUUGCAUCUCAGUUUGGAAUCAUAAAGGGGGUCCAUGGAAAACUAGAGCACAGUGUGCAGGAAGCCAUACAGCACAAUAAGAAACUGACAGCAGUGAACAAAAGACAAGAGACUGAAAUAAGUAAUCUGAAGGAAGAACUGAAGAAAGUAACUACAGACUUGAUAAGGUCCAAGGUCACAUCUCAGUACAGGGUGGGAGAAGAAAACAUCAAUCUUGCAGCGAAGGAAAAACAGUUUCAAGAACUGCAGCAAAAAAUCAGAAUGGAGACUGCAGUUAGUAAAAAAAUUCAAGAAGAAAACACUCACAUUAAAGAAGAAAAGCUGGAAAUUCUCAGCUCUCUCCAGUGUGUGCAGGAGCUCCUUCAGCGAAUAACCCAAACGAAUGCCAGAAUGGAAAGUGAAUUAAAUGCUCUGAAAGAGGAAUAUCAGGCCCUUGAAAGAGAUAAUGAGCUGCAAAGGGAGAAGGCAAAGGAAAAUGAAGAAAAGUUCCUUAAUCUCCAGAAUGAGCAUGAGAAAGCACUAAGAACUUGGAAAAAAGAUGAGGAAAACAUGAGAAGAGAAAUAGAUACUAUUAAAAAUGAGCUGAAUUGCCUUAAAGGACUUCAUGGACAUCCUGAAGAUUAUCAUCCUCCUCAGGGAAAUCAGCAUUCUGAGCAAGUGGAAAAUCUGCAGAUGCAUUCAGCAGUUCAGCCCGUGCCAACAAACAUGAGUGGUCAAGAACAAUCAAAAGACAGUGAAAUACAGGCUAUUCAGAAAGAAAAUGAGUUCAUACAAUCUGUAAUAAGAAAAUAUGGUAAUUGUGGACAUGAAGAAGAAACUGAAGUAAAACCCACAAGAGACCACUCUUCAAACGCUGAGGAAUUACAGACAGAACAAAAUUUACAAGUUCUUGAAAACAGUUCUAAGGAUGAAAUUAAUGUUGCUAGUGCUUGUGAAGAAAAGCAAAGGGAGGCUUCUCCCAGGAAUACCCUCUGCACAGAUACUGAUUUAAUUACCCAAGGACAGAGCUCGGAAAUGCAUGUCACUGGGAGCAAAGAGGCAGAAAAUCCAGGAGCAACACAGAGAAUGUUACUGGAUGAAAACAACACAAAUUUAGAACAAAAGCCACAGGCCAGCACUGAGCCAUUGGCAGGAGGCCACACGCAAAGAAAGGCCUUUUUAGACAGUACUGAGCCUGUAGGUGCUGACAAGAAAAAUGGGAAUCAGGAGACCAGCUCCAGCAAGCAAGAACUGUGCAAUGCUACAGCUGAAUCAGCUUCUGCUAAGGCAGACACAAAAUCAGACACCAUACAACACAGCAAAAGUGUCCUUACACCUGAAGCUUUCGGUCCUGAGCCUGAAGUGGUUCUUUGCACUGAGAAGAACUCUCUGUGUGAGAGAAGUACAGGUGACCAUCAAGCCAAGGAGUUAAGUUUUGGCAUCCUGCCUUACACUAAAGAAAGUUCUCAGACAGAAUACCAAAAAUGUAGCUUGCUGACCAGUGACAAUUAUGUGGGCAACAGAUUACACAGAACAGAAAAAAACUUAAAUUGGAGUGGUUUCCAUAAACUUCCUCUUAAACAGAUACAUGCAGAUGCUGAAGACAGAAAUGAUGCCAGAAACAUAAACACAAAUGGUGCACUGGGGAGCAGUGGAGUUCCAGCAACUGAUGCUCAGAAUCUACCAACUGUGUAUGGUGAUAAUGCAAGUGGUGAUGAUGCUGUGAAAGAACACAGUGACAAUAUGUCUGUCUUAGCUACUUUCAAUUUAUGCCCCCCCAAAACUGAACGAGGAAUAAAUGCAGGGGACGUGCCCAGCAAGCAGCCCGAACCAGACACUACUAAGCAAACAGGGAAUGCUACAAAUACAAGCACGUCCAAUGCUGAAACCACACCUCCAGUAAAGGCUGAUGGUCUUGAAAUUGCUCAUAAAAAACCCCCAACAGAUAGAGCUGGUAGAGAUAAACUAAUUCCAUGCAAAAAAAUUAAUGAUGAUACUCAGAUACACUCCAUCAAAAGUGGACAUUCCCUGGAGAUUAAUAAUUCAACAAAUAACACAUUGUUAAAAGAGAAAAAAGACUUGCUGAACAGUACAGUUCCAGGAAGGAAGUUUGCUGAGGGUCACCUGAAAGAAGCAUGCUCUUUACCCAUGAGAACAUCUGGAAAUUUAGUAAACAUAAGUGGAAGGUCAUCCUUUGAUCUUUCAACCUCAGAUAAAAAAGCUGAGAAAACUCCACUAUACUUCAAUUUUUUAGACCUCGGUUCUUGUUCAAGAGUAAAUCAAAUGAGAGGUCAAGCUACAUGGACUUCAGCCUCCAAGGAACCUUCCCUUUUGAAACUACCAUGCUUGGUGGAAAACACAAAGGUUAUUUCAAAAACACAGUGUCAAAAUCUCAGUGAAAAUGUGGACACAGGAGAAACAGGACAAGGUUCUACCAGUUCUAACAGAGCUACCAACACUUUGAAUACCUCUAAUAUCCAGCAAGACCCCCAGGGAGACCCUAGUGAAGAAUGGAAUGCUAUAGCAAAGACUUUUUAUGAUUCCUCUUUUCCCACAGAACAUGUGAAAGAAGGAUUUACUGCUUUACAGCAGAAGCAGAAGUCUUCUCCCGUGACUGUAACUCCAGCAAGAAGUGAAAAAGCACCCAGAGAUAAGGACAGCUCUGCUCUUCAGAACUCCAUUAUACAAAACCAAAUAGAGACUGAGAAAUUCCUGAAUCUGGAGAUACUUCAUUCAGCAAGAAAAAGAAAAUAUGAAGAAGGCCAGUGAAAAUGAGUGGCAGGAGAUAAGCAUGUCUUUUAGGCAUAGCCAGAUCACUUACCAAAACCACAUUUGUAGAGGUAUUCCUAUAGAAUAUGGUAUAUAUGUGUACUUUCACGUUUAAUACCGCAUAUAAACAUUUCUUUUGUUCAAAAAUGGAUACAGUUCCUACUAAUUAUGUUAGUUCUGUUUCUGCAAUCAAAUUCAAGUUACUAUUGGCUUUGCCCAAAGUUAAAAAGUUCCUAAGUUCAUGUUUUAAUAUAUGUUAAGUAAAAUUAAACGACUGCUUAACUGUACCCUUUUCCUGUUGAGCAGAAGUUUUGGCUGAAAUAGUUCAAUUCAUUUUCUCUGCCAGACUGCUCAGUUUUCAAGCAAGAUCACAUUCAACUGUUUCAGAAUACAAUGGUUUCUACACUUACAACUAUUUCCAGCAGUUCUGAGUGGCAGAAGAACAGAAAACUCUUCUGCUUACCUUUACUGCCAAAUUAUUUAAACAUAUCUGUCCUAGCAGAUUCUGUAUCAAUAAGGUUUCUUUCAACACUGAAGCACCAGGUAUGAUUACAGAGAUAAGGCAGCAGAUCUGGCUUCAUAAAGCUUCACUUCUAACUGGGUCACUGUAGUGGGUUUCUCCCCCUUGGAAAGGAAAUUUUCUCUUACUUUACAAUUACUUGCACUACCAUUUUU